AUUUGUUAGGAUUGACUCACAAAAAACAUAAGAAACAUAAGCAUAAGAAGCACAAAAAGAAGAAAGGAGGACUCGAAGAAGGAGAUGAAGGAUCGGGUCAAGGAAGUCCAGAAACAACAAAUGAAAACCUCAAACAUGGGUUGAAGCUCAAAAUUAAGAUUGGCGGACAAACAUUUGGAGAAACAAGAGUCCCUAAACCAGAAUUAAGUGAAGCAUCUAGUGAUGAAUCAGAAAAUAUUGAUGUUUUAAGUGCUUCACCAUCAAUUGCUUCAGACUCUUUCAUAAUCAACUCAUCCAAGAAGUCCAAAAAGGUAGAUGAUGAAGAUGCUUGGUUGGAGGCUCUUGAAGAGGGACGACUUGAAGAAGUGGACGAAGAGUUAAGGCGAAUGAAAGAUCCAAACUUAAUGACUGCUCGGCAGCGUUCACUCUUAGAAAGUAAAGCACAAAAGGAAAAGGAAGAAGCUCUCCCUGUUGUUACAGAGACAAUAGUUUUAAGUGAAGAAAUGAUACAGAAAAAGAUUAUAAAAGCUAAAAAGCGAAAAGAACAAGCAGAAGAAAAACUUUUGAAGGAUAAGAAACAAACUUUGGAAAGACUUUUGAAGAAAUCUGAUACAAAGCCAAGAGGUAUUAAGAAAAUGGUAAAAAAGUCUGAUGUUUUGAAAAUGAAAUACAUUGAUAGCAUCACAAAAGAUCGAUCAUUAUCAUUUCCUCUUGGUUUUCAAUAUCCACUAAAAAGUCAAAUUGCCAAAGAGCCACCUCAACCAAUAUACUGUUCUGUAGACAACUGCAAAAAUAGAAAAAAAUACUCUUGUUCUAAAACAGGUGUUCCCUUAUGCAGUUUGGCAUGCUAUGAAAAGAAUAUGCUGAAGUUAAUUAUUGAUGGUUCCCCACUAAAAGCUUCUUCCUUCUAAUGCUACAACACUCAUUAUGUUGAGAAAAGACUUUUAUGUAAAUAAACUUAUUUACAUAAUUAGUAUGUUCCCCUUUGUACCUCUUUAUUUGCUCUUAUGUUUGUAUUAUCUGAUAGUAAUUGUUGUUUUGUCGACAUAAUUGAGUUACAUUAAUUUAUUUUUAAUAUGGCAAAGAAUCUUAUAAACAUUAUAUAAAUUGAAUGUUAUUAGCUU